AAUAGUUUACUAAAAGGCAAAGGUUUUUCCGGAAAUCUCUCUCUACUCCUCCCACAAAACCGAUUCAAGAUCUCGACUUUCUCUUCUGCGAGGAAGGACAAUCCCCCAUGGCUGCUCUACAAUACCUCGAAUCUCAGAAAAACGCGCACCCAGAGCUCACCGAGUGGUACAAUUCGCUCGCAGAUCUGUACCAGAAGAAGCUCUGGCACCAGCUCACCGUCAAGCUCGAGCAGUUCAUCGCUCUCCCCGUCUUUCAGGCUGGAGAUGCUUUGAUUCAGCUAUACAACAACUUCAUAACCGACUUUGAGACCAAAAUCAACCUUCUGAAGCUCGCGCACUUCGCGGUUGUAGUCUCCAGGCAGUACCCUGAGAAAGAAGCUGCGGUCAGUUAUCUCCAAGGAGUGAUUGAGAAGCUUAGAGCGACUAAAGAGUCACGUAUCAGUGAGCCUGUUAGCUAUGUAGAGACGCAGAUAGCUUUGUUCAAGCUUGAGCAAGGUGACCAGAAGGAAUGCAAGAAGAUACUGGACGAUGUGAAAACCUCUCUUGAUAGUAUGACCGACAUCGACCCAUCGGUCUACGCCAACUUCUUCUGUGUGUCUUCUCAGUACCAUAAGUUCCGUCAAGAGUUUUCUGAUUUCUACAAGAAUGCUCUUCUUUACCUCGCUUAUACUUCUGUGGAGUCACUCUCUGAGUCGUUUAAGCUGGACUUGGCUUUUGAACUGUCGCUGUCAGCUCUACUUGGAGAGAAUAUUUACAACUUUGGGGAACUGUUGGCCCAUCCAGUUCUGAAGAGUCUGCUUGGAACAAAUGUGGAGUGGCUUUACCACAUUCUGCAGGCGUUCAACCACGGUGAUUUGGUUCAGUACCAAGAACUCUGCCGUGUUCACAAUGCAGCCUUGAGCGCACAGCCAGCGCUGGUUGAGAAUGAGAAGAAGCUGUUGGAGAAGAUCAACAUUCUCUGCCUUAUUGAGAUCAUUUUCAGCCGACCAGCUGAAGAUAGGACCAUACCGUUGAGUGUCAUUGCUGAGCGUACUAAGCUUUCAAUCGAAGAUGUUGAGCACCUUCUCAUGAAGAGUUUAUCUGUGCACUUGAUAGAGGGGAUAAUAGAUCAGGUGGAUGGAACUGUGCAUGUUUCAUGGGCGCAACCGAGGGUGCUAGGGAUACCUCAGAUCAAGUCAUUGAGGGAUCAGCUUGAUAGUUGGGUUGAUAAGGUUCACACUACCUUGUUAUCCGUUGAGGCUGAGACACCUGAUCUUGUUGCAGCUUAAGGCACUCUUGUUUCUUCUUUGUUUUUCUUUUGAGCUACAAGAUUGUAUCAUUUUGCUGGAUUUUAAAUGCAACUUCUUUCCCUUUUCAAA